AUGAAAACCGCCGUUAUCGUUGGACUUCUGUGCCUCAUGGCCCUCGCCUACGCUGCUGAUGAGCAGAAAAUCGAUAAACUUCAGAUCGGAGUCAAGAAACGUGCCGAAAACUGUGUCCAGAAAUCGAGAAAGGGAGAUCAACUUCACAUGCACUACACCGGAACUCUCCUUGACGGAACUGAGUUCGAUUCCAGCCGUACUCGCAAUGAAGAAUUCACUUUCACUCUCGGACAAGGAAUGGUGAUCAAGGGAUGGGACCAAGGACUUCUCAACAUGUGCGUCGGUGAACGUCGUAUUCUUACCAUCCCACCACACCUCGGAUAUGGAGAGCGUGGAGCCCCACCAAAGAUUCCAGCCAAUGCGGUGCUCAAGUUCGACGUUGAACUCAUGAAGAUCGACAGAGAUGGAGAAGAAUUGUAA